CGCCGACUCGCGGUCAGCCAAAGGUUAUCUCGCGAGAUUUUCCGCGACAGUUCUUCGGCACGACCGUAGCGCGUCAGUCGAGCGAGUAUAAUGUAUAGAUGGAUUUGCAUUGUGGCCUUCCUGACUAGCCGCGCGGCGGCUCAAAAUCUCGAGUCUCCUUGUCCGGGAUUGCUGGCGUACGAGCCGAGGAAACCAAGCGAACCCGAUCGAAUCUUCGGAGUUUUAACGCUACUAUCCGAGCAAGAACUCGACGGCGUUUGGUUGAGGCUCAUCUUCGACAAACGCUGCAUCCAAUUGGGGAAUUGGUUCGGGCAAGUAAAAACCGACGACAACAAGGUCUACAGGAUCCAAAACAGGAAUAAGAGAUUGCAAGCAAAUGUACCGAUCACGGUGCGAUUCUUCAUCAGAUUCAACGCAAACGAAGAACCCCCGAAAUUGGUAGAAUGGCGAUUGAACAGCAAGACAGUUUGCAAGCUAGUGGAGACAGUUCCCUUGUCUCUAACCACUGAAGCCUAUUACACCAGCCCGGAUUUAAUAGGGGGAGCGCAACCAGUGACCCAGAAUGGUCCCCAAAUCGCCGUACUUCAAUCCAAUAACGGAAACGGCGACACAUACCCGCCGUUCGGUGAAAACAACGAAGAUUACGAUUUCUUCAUGGGCGACUUCGCGUUACUGGGGAAGCCCCAAGAGGACGCCGAGAACUUGCAAUGCGGGGUAGUAGCCAAAUCCGCCCAACCUCUCAUAACCACCGGUCAACCGACCAGAGAAGCGGAAUUCCCCUGGCACGCGUCCAUCUACCACGCCAGGAUAACGGGAAUCGACCUGACCUACAUCUGCGGGGGCUCGUUGAUUUCCUUGAAUCACAUCGUAACCGCCGCCCAUUGCGUCACCAGAAGGAAAUCCCAGAAGGUUUUGAACCCCAACAGCCUGUUCGCCUACUUAGGUAAAUUUUAUCUGCAAGCCUGGCUGAAUCCCAACAUCCAGGACAGGAAAAUCGAGAAAAUCAUCGUGCAUGAACAAUACAAUUCGCGUACUUUCAGCCACGAUAUCGCCAUAUUGAAACUUCGCAAUCCCGCGGACUUGACGGAUUACGUUAGACCGGUCUGUUUGUGGCAGGAGAACGUGAAUUUGGAAUCGGUCAUCUCCAAACAAGGUACUAUCGUAGGAUGGGGUUACGAUCAUACCGGCACCGUUACGGAGCAAUUGAUCAAAGCGUACAUGCCCGUUGUGUCGAACGAAAUGUGCGUUUAUUCGCUACCGGAUUUCUAUUCUAGGUUCACUUCUGAUUACACCUACUGCGCAGGCUUCAACAACGGUACAGGGGCUUGCAACGGGGAUUCCGGGGGCGGUAUGGUGUUUCCGAUAGCAGGCACAGAUCGAAACAACCCCGUGUGGCAACUGAGGGGUUUGGUGUCCAUCAGUGUGGCUUUACAAAACCUAAACAGAUGCGAUUCCACGCAUUAUGUCGUCUUCACCGACGUCGCUAAGUACUUGGAUUGGAUCAAAAAAGCUAUACAAAUGUAAUGGUUUCGAGCCUUCGAUCGCCUCGAUUACCUAUAAAAUAAAUUAUAUUUUGUACCUCA